GGCCCUCACCGAGGAAGACGAUUCUUUCCUGCCAGAUGAAAAAGAGACUCUGAAAACGUCCAUGUUGCUCAUGAGGCACCUCUUGAUGGAUGCACAGGCCCAGAUCGUGAGCAUGAUGGAGGGCAACCAGCAGCUGGCCCUGCGCCUCGACGGCGCCAUCCAGGCGGCCGGCCUGGAGGUGAGCACGCUGCGGGCCGAGCUGACCGCCACCAACCGGCGCCUGGCCGAGCUGGGCGCCGCCGCCGCCGCCGCCGCCACCGCCAGCCCCACCGCCAGCCCCGAGGCCGCCGCCGCCGCCGGCAUGGAGAGCAACCAGCACAGCCUCCAAGUGCUUCUCCGAGAAGAGGUGUCGCAGCUUCAGGACGAGGUUCACUUGCUCCGGCAGAUGAAGGAAAUGCUCACGAAAGACCUGGAAGAGACGCACGGCGGCAAGUCGACUGAGAUCCUCUCCGCCACCGAACUCAAAGUCCAGCUGGCGCAGAAGGAGCAGGAGCUGGCAAGAGCCAAAGAAGCCCUUCAAGCCAUGAAAGCCGACCGGAAGCGUUUGAAGGCGGAGAAGACCGACCUGGUGAGCCAGAUGCAGCAGCUCUACGCGACGCUGGAAAGCCGGGAGGAGCAGCUGCGAGACUUCAUCCGGAACUACGAGCAACACAGAAAAGAGAGCGAAGACGCGGUCAAAGCGCUGGCGAAAGAAAAAGACCUGCUGGAACGGGAGAAGUGGGAGCUGCGCCGGCAAGCCAAAGAGGCCACGGACCACGCCAGCGCCCUCCGGUCGCAGCUGGACCUGAAGGACAACCGCAUGAAGGAACUGGAAGCCGAGCUAGCCAUGGCAAAGCAGUCCCUAGCAACACUGACGAAGGACGUCCCCAAGCGGCAUUCCUUAGCCAUGCCCGGCGAGACGGUGCUAAACGGAAAUCAGGAAUGGGUGAUGCAGGCCGACCUGCCGCUCACAGCCGCCAUCCGGCAGAGCCAGCAGACGCUCUACCACUCACACCCCCAGCACACGGUAGACCGGCAAGCCGUCCGAGUGAGCCCGUGCCAUUCACGGCAGCCGUCCAUCAUCUCUGAUGCGUCGGCCGCAGAAGGCGACCGGUCCUCCACGCCAAGCGACAUCAACUCCCCGCGGCACCGAACGCACUCGCUCUGCAAUGGAGAUAGUCCUGGACCGGUACCGAAAAACUUGCACAACCCAAUUGUCCAGUCUCUAGAGGACCUCGAAGACCAAAAACGGAAAAAGAAGAAAGAGAAAAUGGGAUUCGGCUCCAUCUCUCGGGUGUUUGCCAGGGGGAAGCAACGGAAAUCCCUCGACCCCGGCCUUUUUGAUGGUACUGCCCCCGAUUACUACAUAGAGGAGGACGCGGACUGGUGACCGCCCGCCCCGCCCUCUCCCGCUUCUGGUGCGUGUGCGUGUGUGGGAGUGUCUGUGUGCUCAAGCAAACGCCGCUA